AUGGCGAACACUACUCCUCCAGAUGGCGUAUUUGUGCCGGUCCCCACGUUCUUCAAGGAGAGCGCAGACUCUUCCAGCCUGCAACCUGCCAUCGAUGUCCCUCAGCAGGUCGCUCACAGCGUCCAUCUCGCCAAGUCUGGCAUCACAGGUCUCGUGCUGAUGGGCUCAACCGGAGAGGCGAUUCACAUGUCUCGGCAAGAGCGUGUGGACAUGAUCUCUGGGGUUCGCAAGGGUCUCGACGAGGCGGGUUACAAGGAUUACCCCAUCAUGGCGGGUGUCCUUGUCAACAGCGUCGACGAGACUCUCGAAUGGCUGCACGAUUCCGCCAAGGCAGGCGCGCAGUGGGGUCUGGUGCUUGCGCCGGGUUACUUUGGCGGUGCUGCCAGCCAAGACAACCUCGUCGAGUGGUACACCUUGGUCGCUGACAAGAGCCCUCUGCCCAUCCUGAUAUACAACUACCCCGGCGUUACCAACAACCUCGUGGUCAGCAUAGACACGUACGCCAAGCUGGCAGCACACCCCAAGAUUGUUGGAUGCAAGAUGUCCCACGGCAACGUCUCACACCACGUGCAGGUGUCACUUCACCCCAAGAUUGAUCAUAGCAAGUUCCGCGUCUACUCCGGCUUUGGCCAGCAGCUCGGUCCCAUUGUUGUCUUCAAUGCUGCUGGUGUUAUUGAUGGCCUUGCUGCUAUCUACCCCAAGACCAUCACGAAGCUCUUCAAGCUGGCUUCCCAGCGUCCUGCAGACGAGAAGACGCAGGAGGAGGUCCGCCGUCUGCAGUGGAAGGUCUCUUCAGCAGAAGAGUUCAUCGUCAAGAACGGAAUUUUGGGAAUUCGUGAGGCCAUCUUCAAGGUCCUGGGCUUCGGUCACCUGAAGGGCGGCAGGCUGCCACUGAAAGGUACGCUGGCUCAAGGCGUCUGGGAGGAGUGGAGCGACAUCCUGGGACAGAUGGCAGAUGAAGAGAAGUCUCUGUAG